UUUUCAUUAACAUAUCUUCUUCACUUCUUCUUUGAUUCCGGGCGGCGGUGAUACGGAGGAUGUUCGGUCCUACUUUUCUUCCCGAGUGAUGGUGAGGGAGCGGGGAAGGAAAUAGAGUAGGUUUGGCUAAAUUUAGGACGAUUCUUUUUCUGAAUUUUGGCGACCAAUAUGAUUUCCGUUGAAAAUGAUGACGUGGAAUGGAAAACCGAAAACGUAGGGAGACUGGAGUCAAAUCGCCAUUUGACUUGAGAGAGGUCAACAGCCCAGGUUCAGAUAUUGAAUACGAAGAACAGAAAGAAGGAUUGUUUCGCGGGGUGGGAGGGGAAAUCAGUUCACCAAUCAAAUAAGCAGGAAACCGGGAAGCGAUGCCGCGAGUCCAUCAAAGCUUGGCUAUGGUGAUUCACGAGAGGAGGGCAAACCUGGGAUUUUGCUGAAGGAUAGAGAACUGGCCAUGGCGGCGGCCGCGGCUGCGGCUACUGCUACUGCUGUCCGGCCGGAACCCCAAAACUCUGUUCCUCAUCUGGUCACUCUGCACCAUCUUCUUCUUCUCCCUUCUCCAGAUGGCUAUCACGAAUUCUGCUUCUUCUGCUUCCCCAGGUAACUGUAUUACUGUUUAUCUCUACUUUCCUACUUCUUCAAUUUGAUAUUGCCUUUGAUCAAUCGUCCAAUCGUGCUCUCCCAUGAUCGAUUUUCACUCCCAAAGCUGGAAUUUGCAUUUCCCAAAUCGUCAAUCUCCGUGGCUGUUGAUUUCCAGUACUGAUUAAAACUGGAAUCAUCUUAGGGGUCUAUUUUUGGUGUCUUUUGGCAGGGUAAACUCAAUGUCUGGGUUUUCAUUGCAGGUAGGGUUGUUGGGUUAAGCUUCAACUUGAGAAAGUUAAUUGCUUUCAUCUUUUUCUCUGUCUUCUUACUACUCUCAAAUGCUUGCAAGAAGAAAUAGUAUAAGCAUUGGAUAGAUAUCAUAUCAGCUAUAGAUUCUUUUUUCCCGCCACUGAAAGGCUAGAUAAUAAGUGUUGAUGUGCCACUACGAAGAUGGAUAUAGACUUUGAGGGGGGGACUAUUUUCAGAUUCUUAUAUUGCAUAUAACGAGCAAAGGUCAAGGCUGUAUGGUAAAAUGGCAAGGGAUUUGGAUGAGAAAGUAGAAGCCGUUCUUAAACAUGGAGAAACGUCUCAGGCAUUAUCCCUUUCGGAUAUUUUUACUCUGAAAGAUGGAUCAGUUACUCCUGUACUUAUGGUAACCAUUGCUGAGGCUGUUUCUUGUGUGUUGUAUCUAAGUCCACAAUAUUCAGUGCCCAUCUCGGAGACUGUUAAACUUGUCUUUGCUCCAUAUUUUGAUAAAGCGAUUUGGCUUCAGAACUCUACGGUGUUCCACUUCAGCAUGUUUUAUGCUCCACAUCACAUUACACCUGUUCCUGCCACUGAAUCCCAGAUUAAAGCUGAAGCAGCUGCUGUUAGAACUGCUGUUGAGACCUUUUGCCCUUUCCAAAUAGUCUUGGACAGAGUAGUUUUGACUUCAACGGGUGUGCUUUUGGGAUGCUGGCAGGUCAGUCACAGUCUCAUCCUUCUGACUCUUGGUCCGUGGUCGUUGCUUCUAGCUUAGUAAAGUAGCUUGUUUACUGCAAAAAAGCUUAGUAAAGUAGCUUGUUUCUCAUCAUGUUCAGUACAUAAUUUUGUUCAGUGGGCACUUCUCCUUCCACCUUUUUCAGGUGACUGCUGGUGCAGAUCCUGCAACUAUUUGCGCUAAAUUGAGAAGCGCGUUUCAGCGUUCCCCGGACAAGCAACUUGUAAGUUAAUCAAGCUGAUUGUUGAGAUUGCUACAUGCAAUGAAAAGCUUGACUAAUACGGAGUUGUUUGCUAGUAUGACACCGUUAUUCUUCUUCACACAUCAUUUGCAGACUCCCUGGAAACCCAACGACUCCAUGUCUCCAACCGAGAACAAAGAGAAGAUUCCCGAUGAUGCAAUGCGGCUUUUCCACGAGCUAGUUGCGAAACUGAACAACAAACUCCACGGCUCCCGAGCAGUGGUGUCGGAGCUGGGAUAUGUGGAAAAAUAUGAUGUAUUGGCUCUCGCAUUGGAUGGAAGGAUGAAGGUGAGAAGGUUCCUGUUUGGCUGCAAGCCAAAGUGAAAAGAGCAUAACUUCAGAUUGGUUCUGCUUCAUGGAUGGAUAUAUGUACAUGUAAAGAGCCAAAAUUUCAGAGGUUUUUGCUGAUGAGUUGUAGCUUAUUAGAGCUGUUAGGUAACAAGGCGGUUUAGGAAUAGUAGUAAUGUAACCGUGGUACGCUUGGAGAUGUUUAACAGAUAGGGGUCGGUUAGCUUGCUAAUUCCUUUAAAUAGUUAGAAAUUCUAACAUUCCAAUUAAUUAUAGUUAUUUUUUAUAUUAAAUUCGUCUUGUAUUUAAUAAGUUUUGAGAGUUAAAAUUUUCUAUUAAUUACAUUACUUUUUU